ACGAGGGCGGGAAGGCACAGAGACCCGGUGAACCCCGGCUGGCGUCACAAUGGGCACGACUGCGUGGAAGGAGAGUUCGAGAGGCCGCGUUGCCGCCAUUUUUCUAAGUUCUGAUUAUGUACCCUCUACCCUCCUGUCUCAGUUGUGGUCCACUCUGUGGGCCCUCGAGAGGCCGGUUCUGCCCUCUUGUGGCACUGAUGCCCGCCCUCCGACCUGUGGGUCCCAGGUGGGAGCGAUCGUGAGCGCGGGCUGCUGCGCGUGACCAGACCCGAUACGAGCGGCGGGUAUCCCGUCCGUCCGCCGGCGCUCGUGGUUCCAUGGCGCCGCCUUUGGCUCUGCUCCCUGCCCGGGCCCCGAACCAGGCCGGGGCCAGUUACACAGAGCCUUGGGCUGUAACCUUCGCCGACGUGGCCGUGUACUUCUCUUCGGAGGAGUGGAGGUGUCUGCGCCCCGCGCAGCGAGCCCUGUACCGGGACGUGAUGCGCGAUACCUACGGCCUCCUGAGCGCGCUCGGAGGCGGAGGCACCAAGCCAGCGCUGAUCUCUUGGGUGGAGGGAGAGGCCGAACUGUGGGAUCCAGAUGCCCAGGAUCCAGAGGUGGUCAGGUGGCCAGCAGAAGCAGACACAGCAGAGUCUAGAAACAAAGAACAGAAAAAAGAAAAGGAAGAGGCCGAAGCACUAGAGAAGCCAUUUUCUAUGGACUCUUGGCCUCCUGGACUGAAGGCCCCCCAGGCAGCCGCUACUGGCUUCCCUUACAAUUCUCAGCGGCCCUUGAAGGCACAUCACCGGGGUCGCCCUCCACUCCGUGCCCACCCUUCUGUCCCACGAGCAGACCAGCGUCAUGGCUGCUAUGUGUGUGGAAAGAGUUUUGCCUGGCGCUCCACAUUGGUGGAGCAUCUCUACACGCACACAGGCGAGAAGCCUUUCCAGUGCCCUGACUGUGGCAAGGGCUUGGGCCGGGCUUCAUCUCUGAGCAAGCACCGGGCCAUUCACCGGGGGGAGCGGCCCCACCGCUGCCCUGACUGCGGUCGGGCCUUCACACAGCGCUCUGCUCUCACCACCCAUCUUCGGGUCCACACUGGGGAGAAGCCCUACCGCUGUGCUGACUGUGGCCGCUGCUUCCGCCAGAGCUCCGCCCUCCACCAGCACCAGCGGGUACACAGUGGCAAGACCCCCUUCCCCUGUGCAGACUGUGGCCGGGCCUUCGCCCAUUCCUCAGACCUGCGGCGCCAUGUCCGCACCCACACGGGGGAGAAACCCUACCCGUGCCCAGACUGCGGGCGCUGUUUCCGGCAGAGCUCAGAAAUGGUAGUCCACAGGCGGACCCACAGUGGCGAGCGCCCCUACCCCUGUCCUCAGUGUGGCAGGUGUUUCAGCCAGAAGUCAGCCAUGGGCAAGCACCAGUGGGUCCAUCGGCCAAGAGUUGGGGGCCACAGGGGCCAUGGAAGCAGCGGGUUGCCCAUGUCCCUGGCCCCUGGCCCAGGGGACCUGGACCCACCUGUGAGCUUCCAGCACUACCCAGAGAUUUUCCAGGAGUGUGGGGCCCAAUCUCAAAAGUGGGGUCGAGAGCCGCAGAUAGUCGGGGGGCUGGGGCCACACGGCGGGGUCGUGGGUGGGGAGCGGCGGCUGGAGGUUGCGGGGCGAGUAGAGAAGCCCCUCAUUUCCGAGGUUCGGACGCGUGGGGUCGCGGGCGAGUGGCGAGGGCCUGGGGCUCAGGGCAUUCAGGUCGGGUCGGAGGAUCGUCCGCCAUCGCCGCCACCGCUGCGCUGGGAGCUGGAGGGGAUGGAGCGGGAAGCGUCGCCGUGGGGCCUCGAGUCCCGGGAUGUGCAAAGUCCUGAUGAAAUAGGGAGCCCCGAAGAGUCCCUCAAAGGCAACACAAGUGAGAAUGAGGAAGAGGAAAUUUCUCAGCAAGAAGCCAAUGGGGACUAUGAAGUUGAAGAGAUACCUUUUGGGCUUGACCCCCAAAGCCCUGGGUUUGAACCACAAAGCCCAGAAUUUGAAUCCCAAAGCCCCAGGUUUGAGCCUGAAAGCCCAGGGUUUGAGUCCCGAAGCCCUGGAUUUGUGCCCCCAAGCCCUGAAUUUGCGCCCAGAAGCCCUGAGUCAGAUCCGCAGAGCCCUGACUUUGAACCCCAGAGCCCUAGGUAUGAACCUCAAAGCCCUGGCUAUGACCCCAAGAGCCCUGGCUAUGACCCCAAGAGUCCUGGGUAUGUAUCCCGGAGCCCUGAAUUUGAGUCUCAGAGCUCUAGGUAUGAAUCCCAGAACCUUGGGUAUGAACCCCAAAACUCUGGAAUUGAACCUCAGAAUCCUGAGUUCAAAACUCAAAACCCCGAAUUUGAGUCUCAAAGUUCCAAAUUACAAGAAGGUGCAGACAUGCUUUUGAACCCCGAGGAAAAGAAUCCCUUGGGCAUCCCUCUAGGAGUUCACCCCCUGGACUCCUUCACUCAGGGAUUUGGGGAACAGCCCACCGGGGCCCUACCCCUAGGGCCACCUUUUGAGAUGCCUACAGGGGCCCUGUUGUCGCCACCUCAGUUUGAGAUGCUCCAGAAUCCCCUGAGUUUGACAGGGACCCUUCGGGGUCCAGGCCGGCGGGGUGGCCGGGCCAGGGGUGGGCAGGGGCCCCGGCCUAAUAUCUGUGGCAUCUGCGGGAAGAGCUUUGGGCGGGGCUCCACCCUGAUCCAGCACCAGCGCAUCCACACGGGUGAGAAGCCCUAUAAAUGUGAGGUUUGUAGCAAGGCCUUCUCCCAGAGCUCUGACCUCAUCAAACACCAGCGUACCCACACUGGCGAGCGGCCCUACAAGUGUCCCCGGUGUGGCAAGGCCUUCGCUGACAGCUCUUACCUGCUUCGCCACCAGCGCACCCACUCUGGCCAGAAGCCCUACAAGUGCCCACACUGUGGCAAGGCCUUCGGCGACAGCUCCUACCUCUUGCGGCACCAACGCACCCACAGCCAUGAGCGGCCCUACAGCUGCCCUGAGUGCGGCAAGUGCUAUAGCCAGAACUCGUCCUUGCGCAGCCACCAGAGGGUGCACACUGGGCAAAGGCCCUUCAGCUGUGGCAUCUGCGGCAAGAGCUUCUCCCAGCGGUCAGCACUUAUCCCCCAUGCCCGCAGCCAUGCCCGGGAGAAGCCCUUCAAGUGCCCGGAGUGCGGCAAGCGCUUUGGCCAGAGCUCUGUGCUGGCCAUCCACGCUCGCACCCACCUGCCAGGCCGCACCUACAGCUGUCCCGACUGUGGCAAGACCUUUAAUCGCUCCUCCACGCUGAUUCAGCACCAGCGCUCACACACGGGCGAGCGGCCCUAUCGGUGCGCCGUGUGUGGCAAGGGCUUCUGCCGCUCCUCCACGCUGUUGCAGCACCACCGCGUCCACAGUGGGGAGAGGCCCUACAAGUGCGAUGACUGCGGCAAGGCCUUCUCCCAGAGUUCCGACCUCAUCCGCCACCAGCGGACCCAUGCUGCCGGCCGCCGCUGACCAGCCUACCAGGGGUGGAGAGGUGGUGGCCAGAGAAGGGGACAGGGGGCUCGAGAAACCUUUAGAGAGAAUAGUGAGGAGCUGAUGGGGAAUGGAGGAGAUGAGCAUUCUAGAAGAAGGGCCAGAGUGCAGGAAGUUACAUGCCCUGGAGACUUGGGAAAUGGGCUAUGAAGAGGGGUUGGAGGGCGGCCAAACAGGCAGCAGGGGAUCUGGGAGAGACCCAGAGAGGUCAGCAGGGAGCUGGCCGGCAGCAGCAUGCUCCUUGGUGGAUGCCUGGCUUGGCAAAGUGCUAGAUGGGGUGGGGGGUGGGAGAGGGAGGGUCAGUUAGAGGGGGUAGCUUAGAUUGGUAGGUGCUGAGGCCCUCCUUGAGUCAGGACGGGGGGAGGGGUAGGUAGAGUGGGAAGUGGAGCCCUGGGACAGGGUCUGCGCCUCAGUGCAAACCCCAGCCUGCCUUGUCUAUCUCAGGCUUUGGAGCCCCUGCAUUUGAGUUCAAUAAAAACCUUUAUGUGG